AUGGAACCUAACAAUGUUGAGAAUGAUGGGGGUGAUUGUGAUUGGAAGCCUAGAGUUUACAUGACAUUUGAUACAGAACAAGAAGCAUAUAAUUUCUAUAAUGCUUAUGGAGGAAGGAUGGGGUUUAGUAUUAGAAGGGGCUAUGUAAACAAGAACAAGGAGGGGCAAAUCACUUCAAGGCUAUUUGUUUGUAAUAAGGAGGGGUUUCGGGAAUGUACGCAUAUGUUACCAUCCCAAAGGAAGAUAUCUGCAUCACAGGCAGCCGAAAUAGAUUUAGCUGAAAAAUCUGGAAUCCGGCUUAAUGCUGCAUUUGAGCUCAUGUGUAAUGAAGCUGGUGGAAGGGAGUCGCUUGGGUUCACAAAAGUGGACCAAAAAAAUUAUUUGAGAACGAAGAGGCAAAAGAGUUUAGCAUAUAGGGAGGCAGGUAGCAUUUUGCAAUAUUUUCGUGAGAAGACAUUAGAGAAUCCAUCUUUUUUUUACUCGGUCCAAUUAGAUAGUGAGGAGCAGAUUACAAACAUAUUUUGGACCGAUGCUCAGAUGAUCAUGGAUUAUAGGCAAUUUGGUGAUGUUGUCACUUUCGACACUACUUACAAGUUAAAUAGUGCACAUAGACCAUUUGUGUCUUUCGUUGGAUUUAACCAUCAUAGGGAAACUGUUAUAUUUGGCGUAGCAUUGAUGUAUGAUGAGACUGCUGAUUCUUUUAUAUGGCUUUUUAGAAGAUUCUUGGAGGCAAUGUCAAGUAAGGCUUCGAAAACAAUGUUUACGGACCAGGAUGCUGCAAUGGCUAAGGCCAUACCUAUUGUCAUUAGGGAUCAAUCCCGUGGAUCAAUCCCGUGGGUGUGUGCAUGGGAGGUGUAUGGGUGCCGUAGGUACAAAGAGUUACAAGCCGAAUAUGCUCUAUGCCAAAAGUUGCCGAGAGUGAAUAUUAAAGUGAAGAUUAUGGAGCAAGCUGCAGAUAUUUACACAAAUAAAAUUUAUGAAGAAUUUCAAGAUGAGUAUGUCAAGUCCCUUGAAGUAAACAUUGAAGAAACUGAAAUUUGUGGUGAGAGUACCAUUUAUAAGGUUCUUGAUAGUGAUGGUGUAAAGGUGAGGAAGGUGACAGUGGAGUGUGAUGGUUCACUUACUUGCAAUUGUAGGAAAUUUGAAAUGAAAGGCAUUUUGUGUAGUCAUUGUUUGAAGAUCCUUAGAGAAAGCCUCAAAUUCAAAGAGAUUCCUUCCUAA